GAGCGCAGGGAGGAGGAGGAGGAGGAGGAGGCGGCGGCGCGGCCGUCGACGGAUGUCUCUGAGCGAGGCGGCGGGCCUUCCGCCCCGAUGCUGUUGUCCUCCUCCUUCCUGGAGCCAGGAGGAGAAGGAAGGGCUUCCCGUUUUUAGAAAGGAAGAAGAUGGAAAGUAAUGCUGUUCUUCUGGAAUCUAAAUCCUCACCACUAAACCUCCUGAAUGAAAUGCACCAGCUACGUCUCCUUGGACACCUUUGUGAUGUGACUGUGAGUGUGGAAUACCAAGGUGUCAGGGCAGAGUUUGUCGCUCACAAAGCUGUGUUGGCAGCGACAAGCAAGUUUUUUAAAGAGGUGUUUCUUAAUGAGAAAGGCAUGGAUGGACCAAGGACAAAUGUAUUAUUGAAUGAAGUCCAAGUAGCUGACUUUGCAUCUUUUCUUGAGUUUGUGUAUACUGCCAGAGUGGAAGUAGAAGAGGAUCGGGUACAGCGCAUGCUGGAUAUAGCUGAAAAGUUAAAGUGCUUAGAUUUGUCAGAAACCUGCUUUCAACAAAAAAAGCAGAUGCUUGAAUCGGUGUUGUUGGAGUUACAAAAUUUUUCUGAAUCUCAGGAAGCUGAAGAGGACAAUAGUGCCCAGCCAAGCAGUUUGCCUAAUGCAAUUGGUGACACACAAAAUGACAACGUAAACUAUUUCUCAAAUUCUUCACUUGAAAGGCCCAGGGAUGGGGAGCAUCUUGAGGCUCCCACUGUUAAAUUAAAGGAGAAGUUAGACAAAAAAAAAGAAGCGCUGAAAAUACCCUGUGCCAAAAUCAGGAGGGCCAGUGGAAGACUGGCUGGAAGGAAAGUAUUUGUGGAAAUACCCAAAAAAAAGUACACAAGGCGCCUGAGAGAGCAACAGAAGUAUGCUGACGCUGUUGCUGAAGAGAGCAGGCUCUCCAUAGACCACGACAUGUGUGAAGAAGGUGGAAAGGAGGAGGAGAAGGAGAAAGAGCAAGUGGCAAACAGCAUGAAGCCUGAACACAAAGAGUGUGAGGGCACCAGCGAAUUGGGAAAUGUGAAUAAGCUGGAGGAGGACAAAAAGAACCGUGGUGGCAAUUUUACAUGCAGCACCUGUGAAAGAGAAUUCCUAUACGAGAAGAGCUUUUUAAAACAUAUAAAGCACAGCCACGGAAUUGCAGCUGAAAUUAUUUACUGUUGCGAAACAUGCGGCCAGACUUUUGCCAACCGGUGCAACCUCAAAAGCCACCAGCGACACGUCCACAGCAGCGAGCGCCACUUCCCAUGUGAGCUCUGUGGUAAGAAGUUCAAGAGGAAGAAGGACGUCAAGAGGCACAUUCUGCAGGUUCAUGAGGGUGGUAGGGAGCGUCAUCACUGCCUACAAUGUGGAAAGGGUUUGAGCUCCAAAACGGCCUUGAGGCUUCAUGAAAGGACACAUACAGGCGACAAGCCUUAUGGGUGCACAGAGUGUGAGGCUAAAUUUUCUCAGCCUUCGGCACUUAAAACACACAUGAGAAUCCACACGGGUGAGAAACCUUUUGUUUGCACUGAUUGUGGAGCAAGAUUCACACAGAAUCACAUGCUUAUUUAUCAUAAAAGAUGUCACACAGGGGAACGGCCAUUCAUGUGUGAAACGUGUGGGAAGAGCUUUGCCUCUAAGGAGUAUUUGAAACACCAUAAUAGAAUCCAUACGGGGUCCAAGCCAUUUAAAUGUGAAGUUUGCUUCCGAACAUUUGCACAGAGGAAUUCAUUGUAUCAGCACCUAAAAGUUCAUACAGGUGAACGUCCUUACUGUUGUGAUCAGUGUGGUAAGCAGUUCACACAGCUCAAUGCGCUGCAGCGCCAUCAUCGGAUUCACACAGGGGAGAAACCAUUUAUGUGCAACGCUUGUGGUCGGACAUUUACUGACAAAUCUACUCUUCGACGGCAUACCUCAAUUCAUGAUAAAAACACACCGUGGAAGUCUUUUCUUGUAGUUGUUGAAGGAGCCUCGAAAAAUGAUGAGGAUUCCAAGAGAGAGCUUGAUGAAGAAAAUGGUAUGACUCAUUCCAAGAUAUCAGAGAAGUUGCUGUCUUUCUCUGAAAAUGGGCACUAUCAGACUCUGACUGCUGUCCAAGAAAACCUGACUGCUUUGCAUGAAAAUGGGCCCCCUUCCAUAACCAACUGCAAGUUGGCAGGCACAACAGUGUCCCAAGAAACCCCCACUGCCGCAACUUUGCAUGAUCUCACAGUGUUACACACCCAGACAGACUCACUUCAGCCACCUCUUCAUACUUUGGUGAAUAUGGAGUAGCAGCAAUAUCUAAGGGGGAAAAAAUUCAUCCUAGGAUAAUCAGUUUAAUAUUGUAUAUGCUGGCACCACCAGUGGACUGCAAAAGAAUAACAAAGGCUCAUGGUGGGUGCUUGUCAGUGUCCUAUAUUUCCACCAAACCAGUAUUUCUGGAAUUGUCUCUUAACUGAAAAAUUCAGCCAUCCUGUCACUAAAGAGGAACCUACUCAUUUCCUUACCUGUCUCACUUUGAAGCAGGUUGCUGAUUAUAUGGUCAGUGGAAGCUGCAUUUCUGUUUUAAUCCGUAUGUUUCCAUUUCCUUGUUACAAUAAAUCUAUUUGGCUAUAGUUUUUCAGCAGUCCCUGUUGAAAGGAGUGUAAUUUUGUUUUUCUUUUAUCACAUAAUCAAAUUUUGAUUCCACAGUGUAUGCCAAUACAUACAAUACAUACCUUUGGCUCUCCAAAUGUUUUGGGCCUGUGUCUUUCAAAAACCCUAAAGGCUUGUCGAGUUGUUGUCUAAAACAUCUAAAGGACCAUUGGGGUCCACCUCUCCUCUAGGAUAAAUGCUUAGUGAAGGAUUAAUGUAGCCUUUUUUGUUUUUAUUCUUAAAAAGUAAAAUGCGGAAAAAGGAAUACUAUUAAGCAAGUAAUGUUUUACUAGUACUGCUCCUCUAUAAACAGUAAACUUAUUCUGAACUGUUUGAAAAGCUACGGGUUGAGUCCUUGUCUGCCAACAGAAAGAUAUCUAUUAGUGGCAUACAUUCUCCCACUUACCCACCCAUUCCCCCACUAUCAGCCAACAUCUGCUAUAGACAAUUAGGAGAGCAUCUAGGGCAGAUUAUGUGUUGUGGAGACAUAAGAGAUUCUGAAAGAGAUGGGGAAAGGAAAAUUUCCUUACAUGAAUGGAAAUCUUCUCAUGUGACAAUGGAUUUCCUUCCUGGGUUUGUAAAAAACAAAAAAAAAACUAUUCCACUCCUUCAGUCUGCAGUGUGUCAGACGGUACUAAGCAGUUUGAAGUGGAUCUCAGAUAACUUUUUACAGAAUAUUGUUUAGACUCUGUUAAUGAAUUUUACUCUUGUGGCUGAGCCUCCCCUCCUCCACCAGUGGCAUUCUGAAAACUAUCUCUGCUCUGUUUUCUCCUUCCCUGUCCUUCUUUUUCUGUUCCCAUACUGUCUUCUUAGGGAUCUCAUCAGCCUGUACUACAAACUCCCCAUAGCCAAAAGCUGAUUUACAUCCUUUGUCAUAAGAGUAUCCUCAUCUGCAUACAUUCCUUGCACAGAAAGCAUAUUCACACGUAACUGCACUUGUAAAGUGUCCUUCAUUCCCCAAAGGCAUCAGCUUUCCCCCAAACAUCUGAUCCCAGGGCCCUAUAUUUAUUGGUAUUGUGUAUUUGCCAUGGGAUUAUGCAUUCUAUUACUUUUCUUUGCUGGCAUUAUGCUUCUAAAACAGACAGCUACUAAAUAUUUAAUAUGGUUGUUUAAAUCAGAGACAUCUUGCUGUUUGUAAUUGUAGGUCUCUUCCCCUCCAUCGACUCAUUCUACUCUUUAGUGGUUUCUUCAUUAACAUUUUGCCUUAGCUUGAUAAAAUAGUAUUUUAGUUUUGACAACAGCUUGAUUUUUUCCGCUAAAUAUUCUUGUUAUUUGGUAUUUACUAAUGUUUAUACCAAAGGCUACACAAUCUCUUGUAGAAUUCAAGUUACAACCAGACUGACAUUCAAAUAAUUGUUAGCAGCCAUUUGAAAAGUAGACUGACUUAGAUCACCAACUUAGAUUUCUAGAGGUUUUACAGAAUAUGUGUAUGAAAAGUUACUUCAGUGAAGCUUUAGUGCUGAUAACUGGGAAAGGAAACAUUAUUGCAACUUCCAAAAGCAAUAGAAAUAUGAGUCUUUUAAAACAGGAUGCUUCCUCCAUCAAGAGGAAUAUGGAAAUGAAGGCUUAUUUUGCUUUUGCUUCAGAUUUAUUGAUAUUGUGCCUUUUUAUUUUUAAAUUCAGGGGAAAAAAAGAAAUGCCAUAUCCAAAGCUUAUUUCAGUCUUGACAUUCCAUUGAUUUCCUACAAGACUUGAACUUGCUAUUUAAUGCUGGGAAUAAUCCUAAUGUAUUAUAUCAUCCACACCUACAAGGGUUCUGGCACCACUCAAAAAGGGAAGUAUGGCUUGUAAGAGCUUAAUGGGAUCUGAUUUGAACUCUUUUUUGUCCAGUAGAAAAAUCUGUUGAAGCGCAGUGUGUUUAACUUUGACAUUAUUGUUAUAGGGAAAGUUUUAUAAAUGGCACAAGCAUACUGCUUGAAAAAAACUCCUUUCUGCUUUUUUGCCAUAGUAAGGAGCUGAGCGUUGGUUUCCCUGUUGUCUGGUGCUUUCGCUGAGUUUUAUCCAGUGAUGUCCAUCCAUCAGUUUCUUCUGUAGCCCUCAACACACUCCUCAUGUAUAUGCCAGAAAGUUAGAGGAUUAUCUGGAACAGAUUAGGGGGAGCAGCAAAGGGAUAUUGGUUAUCUCCCCCUCUUUUUUGUAUUAUACUCUCACACUUACUGAGUACAACAGAGCCUCUUAACAGGUGAGCCUCUUCCCUUGCUCUGACUUGGCAUCUAUUAUUUGUCCUGUCACAGCAUGUGAAAGCUUUCAGGGGGAGCAAGAAAGAAUGACAAAUAGGAUUGUUACUUUGGGGGGAAAUUACAAAAGCAAUCCCAGUAUAUUAAUAGCAAGUCAUUUAUUUGAGACACAGGUGUUAAUAAACACCUGUGUUUCAAAUAAAUGACUUGCUGUUAAUAUACUGGGAUUAAUAUACGUGGUGUCUUUAUGGCACAUGGUGUUUUUCAUCAGUUACCUUUCAAAGUUGUAUUAUUCAUGAAGAGCAUGCCCUUGAUAUUUGUUGUACGUUCUGGAAACAGUAUUAAUUAGCCUGAUUUAGCUUACUCUAAAAUGGAUUGAGACAAUGUGACCAUCCAGGUGUGAUGGGCUGAUGGGCGUUGCAAUCAAGCAAUCUCGGGAAGCUCACAUAGCCCUCAAUCCUGUUCUAAAGCUUCUGUCCCUUUCAUGCAUAGCAUCAAUAAUGAUUGUAGGGAUGAGGCAGAGAGCUAGGUCAAUUGUAAAGAACAACACCACCACAACUCAAGAUAAAACUGCUGAUAUUUUAUCUGCUGAAAAGCAGAGCAAUAAAAGAUCAACAAAUUUAUUUCUUUAUAUAAACCCAUUACUAAGAGCUUAUUAUCUUCUAUUUUUCAUUUAUUUAAUCCACUAAAAGGGAUCUUUUUAGAGAGUAUACCAAGAGGUUAUAUUUACAUAUUUAUUUUGUAAGCCACAUGCUCCUUUUUGACUAUUGAACUUUAAUGACCAAUUGCAAAUAAUUUGUAGUAAAUAUUUAAAUCCUUAUGUUAGUUCCUCUAUGUAGGGAUUUUUAUUUUAUACUGUAUCAACAUGUGAAAGUGGGUUAACUUGUAUGAAUUGAUAAGACCUAUUAAAACAAAAUGAAAUAGUAUGAA